GCUGCAACAAACACUCCCCUGCCGUCCUUUUCCUUGCAGGCUGAAGACGUGAGCAGAAGCAAGAUCCUCGUCAGAUUUCCUGUACACUGCCUCAGUAUUCAACCGAUCAUCUGCUUCUCAUCGACCCUGUCACUCCUUACCUCUUUUUUCACCGUCCUUCCCCGCCGUUCAGAUCCGCAUCCGCUUAGAAGGCCAGGACUCAGUUGCCUGCAAUAGCUAUCCAACUUGAACGUCUUCCUAGACCGAGACUCUUCAGCUGGCAGCUGGCUGUUAGUGUCUGUCGUCCGACGAGACGAGAUAGUACAAGAUGUCGUGGAAAUUGACAAAGAAACUGAAGGAGACUCACCUCGCGCCGUUGACGAGUGGCUUUGGUCGGUCGACAUCAACAUCUACUGUGAAAGGCGACGACUCUAGUUCUACUCAUGAAUCUGCCAACCUGGUGCCAACCCCCACCACUGAGAGCACAACCUCGACCUCUAGCACAAACAAUGGCAUUGCUGCGUCCGAAGCGCUCACCUCACCUCCUGUCCAAACCACGAAACCUGGUAUCUUGAUAGUCACACUGCACGAAGGCAAGGGCUUCUCAUUGCCACAACAAUACCAGUCUGUCUUCAACAACUACUACGGGUCUGGCCAGUCAGGGUCCGUAAGACCCAGUUCAUCAUACUCAGCAGGAUCACUGGCAGGAUCAUACGCUCCCUCUACCAGACCUGUCUCUACCCACGGUGGCAUCAAUGCUGCGCCGACCAUACACGGAAGAUACAACAGCAAAUAUCUACCAUAUGCUUUGCUCGACUUCGACAAACUCCAGGUCUUCGUUGAUGCUGUGUCUGGAACGCCGGAGAACCCGCUGUGGGCUGGGGAUAACACUUCCUUCAAGUUUGACGUUUCCAGAGUGUGUGAACUCAGCGUUCAAUUAUACCUCAGAAAUCCAGCUGCUCGACCCGGUGUCGGCAGAAGUGAAGAUAUCUUCCUUGGAGGCGCGAGAGUGACCCCUAGAUUUGAGGAAGCCAAACAUUUCACCCCAGACCCAAAGAAGAGCAAGAAGGAGAACGAGAAAGCCGAGGCGGCAUUCGCAUCCCAAGAAAAGCAGGCAGGUCAGCUCGGUGCUGAUUGGCUGGACAUUCAGUUCGGUACUGGUUCCAUCAGAGUCGGCGUGAAUUAUGUGGAGAAUCGUCAGGGCAGCUUGAAGAUCGACGAUUUCGAGCUGCUCAAAGUUGUCGGUCGCGGUAGUUUUGGCAAAGUCAUGCAGGUCAUGAAGAAGGACACCGGUCGAAUCUACGCUCUCAAGACGAUUCGGAAAGCACACAUCAUCUCCCGCUCUGAAGUCGCGCAUACCCUUGCCGAGAGAUCUGUACUCGCACAGAUCAACAACCCCUUCAUCACCCCACUCAAAUUCUCCUUCCAGUCACCCGACAAGCUCUACUUUGUGUUGGCGUUCGUCAACGGCGGAGAACUGUUCCACCAUCUCCAGAAAGAACAACGCUUCGACAUCAACCGUUCCAGAUUCUACACGGCUGAGUUGUUGUGCGCUUUAGAAUGUCUGCAUGGUUUCAAGGUUAUUUACCGAGAUCUCAAGCCGGAGAACAUUCUUUUGGACUACACUGGUCACAUUGCACUUUGUGACUUCGGUCUUUGCAAGUUGGACAUGAAGGAUGAAGAUCGCACCAAUACCUUCUGUGGUACACCAGAAUAUCUGGCUCCUGAACUCUUGCUUGGACACGGCUACACCAAGACAGUCGACUGGUGGACACUUGGUGUUCUCCUGUACGAAAUGUUGACGGGAUUGCCACCUUUCUACGACGAAAACACGAACGAGAUGUACCGAAAGAUUCUUCAGGAGCCUCUGCACUUCCCAGGUCCAGAGAUCGUUCCCGCAGCAGCCAAGGAUCUUCUUCAGAGAUUGCUUGAUCGCAACCCGGAGCGUCGUCUAGGUGCUGGUGGUGCGGCAGAGAUUAAAGCUCAUCAUUUCUUUGCCGGCAUCGACUGGAGAAAGCUUUUGCAGCGGAAGUAUGAGCCAAGCUUCAAACCCAGUGUGGUUGACGCCAGAGACACUGCCAACUUCGACAAGGAAUUCACCUCCGAAGUACCCAAGGACUCGUACGUCGAAGGCCCACUCCUAUCUCAGACUAUGCAGCAGCAGUUCGCAGGUUGGUCAUACAACCGACCAGUGGCUGGCUUGGGAGAUGCGGGUGGAAGUGUCAGGGAUCCUUCAUUCGGCAGCAUUCAGUAGAUUUCUCGCGAACUGUUCUUCUACGAUGAGCAACGAAAGACAUGAAGAUUGGCGUUCAACUGAUGAAGAGUUUGGACAUGCAGAGCACAAUGUGACAGUUUCGGGCAGGAAUGUACAUAGUUGGGCUGCUUUGCCUUACGACCUGAGCUUUCUAAAACAGCAUUAGAACGUCUGGGGCUGAUUACACUUGGCUGCACGAUUCUUGACGAAAAGGCUACUCGAACGAAACAGUAUCACGGUUAACAGCGAAUUCAUCCAUACCAGGCUCGUGUUAUUCCGCUCGCUUGAUGUCAGUGCUGAGUCUUCUUCUCC